CAGUUCUAGCUGUCAAAGGGGACGACAGCUGUCACCCACCACCUUACAGAUUAUUAUUGUGCGAAGUUGUUUUUUUUUCUAAUCGUAAAUUAUUAUAAUUAAUCGGCGUUAAACGGUCCCAAAAUGUCGUACGCCUAUUUAUUUAAGUAUAUUAUCAUCGGGGAUACAGGUGUGGGCAAAUCAUGUCUACUCCUCCAGUUCACAGACAAAAGGUUUCAGCCAGUGCACGAUCUCACUAUAGGGGUUGAAUUCGGUGCUCGAAUGAUCACCAUCGAUAGCAAACAAAUCAAAUUGCAAAUUUGGGAUACGGCAGGUCAAGAGGCCUUUAGGUCGAUCACCAGAUCUUACUAUAGGGGUGCGGCGGGUGCCCUUUUAGUCUACGACAUCACCAGGAGGGAAACUUUUAACCAUUUGACCACGUGGCUGGAUGAUGCCAGGCAACAUUCGAACUCCAACAUGGUGAUCAUGCUUAUUGGGAAUAAAAGCGAUUUGGAAUCUCGAAGGGAGGUAAAAAAAGAGGAGGGCGAAGCUUUCGCAAGGGAACACGGGUUAGUAUUCAUGGAAACGUCCGCUAAAACCGCCGCCAAUGUGGAGGAGGCCUUCAUUAACACCGCCAAAGAGAUUUACGAGAAAAUACAGGAGGGGGUGUUUGAUAUCAAUAACGAGGCAAACGGUAUUAAAAUAGGCCCUCAGCACUCGCCUACAAACCCUUCUCUGCCCGGAGCAGGAGGCUCGGGGGGUUCCCAGGGCUCCGGCUGCUGUUAAUUUUUAAUUUAAGACAAAUGUGUAACGUAAUUCUUUUAUUAAUAUGAUAAGGCCCUUCCCCCCACAUUUUACGUCUAAUUGGCUUAAGGACGUUAUAAUAUACAUAGAUUUCUUUAUUACGGAAGUUGAUUUGGAGUGCUUUAGUAAAAAAGUAUGGUGAGGAUUUUAUUUUUUUUGCCUCGAUUUGGGCCGCUAAUUUAAUUAAAUUUAUAUUAUCUAAAAAGGUUUUUGUGAGUGUACUUUACUUAUUAGGUAUGUUACUGUGACAAAACACGUCCGGUAUUUUUCUGAAAUUUAUUUUAACAAGCGCAAUCUAUCGAUAUCAAAAACUAUAGUCGAGCACAGUGUAGGUUUUCGUUGUUUCGACCGUUUAUUACCAAAAGAGAAAUAGUUGAUCGGUAAAUAGGCAACUGAUAGCGAAUCCCAGACGUUAUGUAACUAGUCGUAUAUAUUUAAAUGAUUAUUGUAAUUUUUUAUGUAUGUAUAUUAUGCUUACUGAUAUACUUAAAUAAAAAUUAUAUUUAAAAGUG